AUGAUUGAAGCCACUCAAUGUAAUCCACUGAGAUCUUUUGAUCAAAGCAAAGAGAAUGUUGUUAAAGAGAGUGAAGAGGUCACAACUGUUCCUGUGACGUGUCACUGUGGCAAAGCUUCCAAGCUUAGGACUUCUUGGACAGAUGAAAACCCAGGAAGAAGGUUCUUCUGCUGUGAAAACUACGGAGAAGGCAAUGGCUGCGGAUUCUUCCUUUGGUAUGAUAAACCCAUGUGUGAGCAAUCAAAAUGGUUAAUCCCUAGCUUGUUGCGACGUGUGAGAAUGCAGGAGGCUGAGAAUAUAAGAGCAAGGCAUAGGGAAAAGUUGCUAUGGUUUGCUCUAGUUGGUUCUUGGAUAUUGCUACUAUUCAAAUUGUUGAGUAAGGGAGGGGCAGCUGCUGGUCAAGUGCAGAACGGCAGCGAACUGUGA